AUGGGUGAAAAUGGAUAUGAUAUGGGAGGAUUAUCAAGGGAAUUUUAUCCUUUGGCCUUUAAGGAUUUUUUGGAUCCUUUAAAAGGAUUCUUUUAAGUUUCUUAGAAUGGAAUUACGAUGUAGCCUUCCCCUUUUUCCUGUUUUAUUCCAGAUUAUUUGACUCAUUUUAAAUUCGCAGGAAGGCUUUUGGCAAAAUCAAUAAUUGAUGAUUUCGAUUGUGAGAUUAGUUUAACUUAAUCUUUUCUUAAGUAAAUUCUAGGAUUAGAUUUAUAUAUAAGUGAUUUGGAAGAUAUUGACCCUGAAUUAACUAAAGGACUUAUUUGGAUUUUAGAAAAUGAUAUUUCUAAAGAAGAUUUGGCUUUGAAUUUUACUUAUUCUUUUUAAUAAUUUGGGUAUUAAAAUUGUGUACUUUUGAAAGAAAAAGGCGAUUAAAUUCAGAAUAAAGACAGUUUACCAAUAGGCAGAACAUGUGGUAAAAUUUUAGAAAUACCAGAAUAUUCAUGCAAAGAAAUUAUGAAAUAAAAAUUAUAUAUUGCAAUAAAUGAAGGUUCAUAUGGAUAUUAUAAAAAAUGA